GUUCAAUCUCUCCUAAAUUAUAGGAUACGGGUGUCGAUUAUCCAUUAAAUGGUGCUCUCGUUGAGAGGUUUGAACACAAUCAAGUGAGAAAACCUCCCAAAACAUCCAAAAAUUCUUCCAAAGAAAAGAAAUCAAGAAAAAAUCUGGAUAUUCAUGAUCGUAGAUCUGGGAUUUUCCAGAUGUGAGCUAGAGUCGUUCGCAAUGUGCCAUCAGUUGGAGGUCCCUGCUCGCUACAACCCGCCACCAGUGCCGCUCCUGACUCACCUGCUGCUGCACCGGAUGGUAUACACCGUAUCCAAUAGACCUGGAGCAAUGGCCGCCGUCACUCCGUCAGUCGUCGCUAUGAAGGUCGCUUCGAAUCGGGCUUACAUCUCUGAAGCUCGACAUAAGUGCGAUGGAAAAGAGGGUAUUUCUAAGGUCUUCCAUCUCCGAUUUUACAGAUCCAAACCUCUGUCCACCAUUAAUGGCCGCUGAGAGCUUAGAGUGACAGAUCGUAAAUCAGCACCCCUGUGGAUACGGAACUCUCCCGCUGGCUAAACCUGAGGAGUGUAUAGGUCACCGCCUGAGAAAGCUUCGCCGGUGGUGCCGGAGCCCUAGCGCUCUCGGACAUUUUCACUCUGCCACUGGAUCCGCCUGAGGAACGUACCAGUCUCCGCCCCAGAAACUUCGCUGCUGGUACUGACUGAGAUUGAUAGGCUGUCACCAUCCCUAGUGCCUGAUGGCUGCUCCGCUGGGCGAGCUACAGUACCAGUGUGCUGCUUGGGGUCCUGGUCGCAUUAUGGCUGUCCAUUUUGCCAGAUGUGAGAGAUGGCAGGAGCUUUUGCAGAAGCCUUGCGCUAGGAGGAGGCGAGUCUGCUCAAAAGUCAAACUUUCGGCAGUGGCAGAGCUUGUCCAAGACUUGUGCGGCGUCGCUUGCAAAGCUGCAAAGGCCGAUGGACCUACCGGGAAUCUGGGGCAAGUUUGUAGCAGUGGGCUGCAUUACAUAUAACCUAAUUAAAGCUUUCAACAGGCCACAUUUCAUGCCAAGCAGCCCAUGGAUUUCAGCCCAUCAAAAGAUAAGUACUCUUUAAUUUUCAUAUUAUUUAUAUUUAUUUAAAUCAUUUCUUUUUGUCGAGCGAAUGUCAAACUAUCGCACAAUUAUGAUCAAAUGCCCAGUAGACUGUGACUUGAGACUCAUCACUAGGAUUUAAAGCCCUGACCCAGAUCAAGCACAAAGCCCUGACCCAGCUCAGGCACACAGCCCUGACCCAGAUCAGGCACAAAGCCCUGACCCAGCUUAGGCACAAAGCCCUGACCAAGUCAGGCACGAAGACCGAUCUUAGUCAUUCCUCGAGUGGCGACCGUUGCUUACGAAUGGCUCACACAUCCACUCUACUAAGUAUUUUAUCAUUAGAUUAGCAAUUCACAUUUACACUUUUUUCAAGUGACGAACUCCUGAUCAUAAACACAAACCCCAAGAAAAAAAUUAUAUGUAUGUUAAAUGUGUAGGUACGAAGAUGACUUUACUUAUUUUCACCUUGUCUCCACUCGCCUCAAGGAGUGGGGGACUGAGGGACUGAGGGGUCAGAGUUUCUAGAUGAACAGAAAAUAUCAUGCAUGAGCAGGAACAAAAGCUGAGCCAGAUGAAGAGGAGCUGAGAUAGACAAAAUUGAUUAUGCCGAAGGGAACUUACCUUCCUUGUUUCAUGUUGGGGGCGCUUGGUGUACUCUUUUUCCCUUUAUUAGAAUUUUUUCCCAUUAGGUUUUUCCUAAUAAAGGUUUUUAACGAGGCACCUCCCAAUCAUGGACAAGGGUGGUGGUCCCCCGGCCGAAGAGGAAGAAACCAAAGACAGAAGAACGUUUCAGAUACAAUUGUGGGCUACUCCCUUUCACCUCGAAUACUCUCGGCUCAGGGAGUGGGGGACUCCUGAUGGAGUAUAUAGACCCCGACCCCCCGGCAUGUCGACUAUUGGGCCUGGACAACGAUUCACGUACACCAGCAGACGACAUUUAUAUUAUUGUAUAGUUUACAUAUUCAUUGUAUGUACUAGAUUAGCUUUUUAUACUAUUAGUCCAUUUAUGUAACCAGGUCUGUUAGGCCCAUAUUAGAGGUCGAGACCCGGAUUUUCCUAUAUAUACUACUUAUAGGAGGCUUGUAAACCUAAGUCACAACUUCCAUAUUCAUACACAAUACACUUUCAUCUAUAUAUAUAUAUAUAUA